GAACGUAAUCUUUGUUUUGUUCGAGGUAACCGCUGUUGAGUGCCGGGAAAAAAAGCGUUUAGAGAGCAGAUGUGCGUGAACAUGUGAAACGAUAAUGUUGUCAGUGGCAAUGAAGGAACAAGAAGUGGAAUUUAAUUAGUCAGCAACCUUGAAAAACAACCUUGUCGCAAUGUAGCCAGUGUUUUCCGAAGUGCUGUUACGUAUAAUAUGCUGCAGAAUCGUGGCAUCGAGUAGAAGUCCUGUAUUUGUGUGUGAUUGAAUGUGUUGAACAUUUCAGUACGUAAAGCGGUAGAAACUGUUCAUGCUCUAUUAACUGUAUGGGCCUUCUACCUUUUGCAAAAUAAUCCGCAAGUUCCAAUAGGAUGGCUGUCACAGUCUUCUCUCUUUUGCGCAAGCGCUUAUCUCCAAUGCAUAUAUCUGCGAGACGACUGAUUUCUUGGACUGUGCUAACGACGAAUAAACAACUACAUCGGCACACAAGGUUGUCAUCCGAGCAGGUGACGUUGAGAAUUGUGUGUGGAAGAUAUUGGAAGUUGCGCUGCAUGAACCUGGUUGCUCAGUAUAAUACCACAGCUCCGAAGAGCUACUGUUAUAAAGAUGACACGACCUCCGUUGUUAGGAAAGAAUCACCUGACAAUGCACCAGAUACAAAUAAUUUAUUGCCAGCUCUCUUGCCAUAUGCCCAGUUAAUGCGGCUUGACCGUCCGAUAGGAUCAUGGCUGUUGUAUUGGCCAUGUGCUUGGAGUAUAGCUAUGGCAGCCUCUCCUGGUUCCUGGCCUGAUCCACUCCUGCUGGGACUGUUUGGCAUUGGUGCCAUUUUGAUGCGUGGUGCAGGCUGUACUGUUAAUGACAUGUGGGAUCGUGAUAUAGAUUCAAAAGUGACUCGAACGAAAACUCGUCCAUUGGUGACUGGCGCUCUGUCUCAGUUUGAUGCUCUUGUCUUUCUGGGAGGCCAACUGGCACUGGCUUUGCUCGUGCUUCUGCAGCUCAACACAUACAGCAUUGUUCUGGGUGCCUCAUCUUUGGGUUUGGUUGCCAUGUAUCCAUUGGCAAAACGUAUCACACACUGGCCACAGCUUGUGCUGGGAGCAACCUUUAACUGGGGUGCCUUGUUGGGUUGGAGUGCAGUGCAUGGCUCAUGUUCCUGGCCAGUUGUCUUGCCUUUGUACUGUGCUGGUAUAUGCUGGACUAUCAUAUAUGACACAAUUUAUGCACACCAGGACAAAGCAGAUGAUUUAUUGUUGGGUAUAAAGUCAACUGCAAUAAAGUUUGGAGAAGGUACUAAGCCUUGGUUGUGUGGUUUCACCAUAGCAAUGGCAACAGGUCUGGGCAUAUCAGGGUUUCAAGCUGAACAGACAUGGCCUUAUUACUUAGGUCUCACAUGUACAAUAAUGCACAUUGCACAUCAGAUUUAUACACUUGACAUUAACAAUGUCAGAGAUUGUCAGAAAAAAUUUGUUUCUAACCAAAAAGUUGGAGCUUUAUUGUUUUUAGGAAUAGUGAUUGGUAAUUUCUUAAAAAAAGACAACUCUGAACACACAGACAAAGAAUCUGCAAAAUAGUCUUGGAAGACUUGGCUGUUGACAUCAGUUAUACUAUCACUGGUCACAUCUAGUCAUGUGUUUUGUACAGUCAGUGCAUGGUUGAAAAUGUUUACUUAUUAAUCAAAAUGUUAAUUGAAGAUUACACCACUCAUGUGGAAACUCCUACAAUCGUGUAUUGUUGCUAUACAUCUUCAGAGAUGAACUGUACCCAAAAGAUAAACAGUAUCUUCUGUGAAGAGUGAUACAUGUUAUUUAUUUUAGACACUUGUGUUUUGUUGAUUGUGAAAUGUUUUUGUAUUUGUACAAUCUGCUGGCAGUUUGUUUUUGUUGUUGUUGUUUAU